GUCGGCCUCAAGGCCCUCCUCACGCGAGUAAUUGGCCCGCGGGGUCAGACUCACGCAGUGAUUGGCGGGGGCCCGGGCCUGGCGGAAUAGGGGCGGGGCCGGAAGGUGACCGGCACCAUGGCGGCCACGCCGCCACUGCGGGACCGCCUGAGCUUUCUGCACCGGCUUAAAGUAGCUUUACAGAAAAAGAAACAGUGAUCCCCCGAGCUCUCCGAGAUAAACAGACGCUGAUUCGAGGAGCGGCAGAAAACCUUUUAUUAAGUGGUCCAGGCAGUGGGGGAAGCCCUGAAUUCCAGUUCAAAUUGUGCGGAGAGGACUGGGCGUUUUCAGGACGGCACAGAAGGGUGGAGUUCAACUGAAAAAUGACAGGCGUUUGGGCGGUUUUGGUGGGAUACUGCUGCUGUGCUGAUAACUGGGGGUUACAGAAGCUAAGAUCCCAUCGUCCAGUGAGAACUGGGGGACGGACCCUGUCCCUCCUGGUGGUUACAUUUUCAAGGAGUGGCCUUCAGGUCCUUGAGAAAGACUCUACCAAGUUGUAGGAGGUCUGGGUUCCCAAUUGUAGAAAAUGCUCCUAAAAUGAGCCUGAACCGGUCCAAAGUCCAGGGUCAAGAAAGGGAGGUUGGGGUCUGUCACCAGAAAUAGGCCAAAAUGAACAGUGAAUUCUGGCACUGUGAGCUUCCACAGGCAGGCGGCGAGGGUGAGGGGGGUGCUGGGUUCACCCUCAUGCUGCUGAAAGACCGGUCAGUUCUCUUUGAGCAGAGGUUUCGCUAUGUGCUGAACAUCCUAUGGUCCUGCAGACCUUUCCAGCUUCCCUCUGGGUCUUGGUGGACAAAUAGCGUAAGCAGUCUCUUGCAACAUUCAGGCCAACUGUGUCUGUGGCCAGCACCUCAGAGACUGCACCUGAGGUCUCCUGUCCUGUCUACACUGAGGGUCAUACCCCCCAGAUGUGCCAUGAGGUGGAAUGGGUGUUUCUGGUGUUUAUCCCUAGAAAUUGUACAUCUUUGUGCUGAGUCAACUCAGCAUAAACACCUUUGUGCUGACAGAUAAGCGUGAGACACACAGCUGAGUCGGUUGUUCUUGUUUUGAGUUGUUUCUGUGGGAUCCUUUCCUGGAAGUGGCGCUGUAGGUCUGUCAGGGUGAAUGAUUGUGUCACAGGGGCUCACCCGAGGAGUCUUUUUUUUUUUUUUUUUUUGCCAGUCCGUAAGUUGGUAUACUAAAGGUGCUUUUAAGUUGUGUGGCUGUAGGCGUAGGGGCCUGGGGGGGCGCCAUGCUGAAUCGUGACCUUUAGGGCCUGUCACCCAUUUCCUCUUCCCAGGCGUUCAUCCUGGCCUCCAGAAGGGAGGCUUCUGCAGGCUCUCUGUGGCCGGUGGGACCAUUGCUGUCCUCUUUGGGUCCCCUGACCCUGUGGCAUGCCAACUAUAAGCUGUGUGGAAACGGAUCCCCAAGAAUGAGGGCUCCUGUGGCCACUCACUGUGGGCUGGGCUCUCGCUCCCUUUCAGCUCCCGAUUCUCCUGAAGGGAACGUCAGAUGAUGAUGUCCCGUGUCCAGGUUACCUGUUUGAGGAGAUUGCCACUCCCAGAGAUCUCCCACGAAUCCCUGGGCAGCAGCCAGUGUCUCCUGGAGUACCUGCUGAACCGUCUGCACAGCGGCUCUGGCCGCGUGAAGCUCAAGGUGCUGAAGAUCCUGCUGCACCUGUGUGGUCACGGCUCCUCAUCCUUCCUGCUCAUCCUGAAGCGCAACCCUGCCUUCAUCCAGGAGGCCGCAGUUUUCGCGGGGCCCCCGGAUCCUCUCCACGGGAACAGCUUAUACCAGAAGGUGCGGGCGGCCGCCCAGGACUUGGGGGCUGCCUUGUACUCGGACACCUUGUCACCUCUGCCUCCCUCCCAGCCUCCCAGGACCCUGCCUCCGGCAGGCAUGGGCUCCCAGUCCAGGCCCCAGAGCACCCUGCAGGGCUUCGGCUACAGCAAGGAGCGGGGUCACACAGGCUCCGCGGGCGAAGCCUUCCUGUCCACCAUACAGAAAGCUGCAGAGGUGGUGGCCAGUGCCGUGCGCCCUGGGCCUGAGAGCCCCAGCUGCCAGAGGUCCCUUCAGCGGGGUGACGCCUACCAGCCGGCUGUGACACCUUCAGCCAGCCUCGGCACCCCCGCCUCCGGGAGCCCUCUCCCCGUGGCCAGCCCAGGAGCGAGAGUGGUGCGCCGUGAUAUGGGAGGGAGCGAUGACUGCCCGUGCCCUCCGCCUCCACUUCUGCCUCUCCCAGAAGCAACGUCCCGUUUGCCUGGCUUGGAAGAAGAAUGUCAGCACUUGCUGGGACUUGAGCGCUGCUGUGCUGGGCACUGUCCCCACUGCCCUGGCACUGCAUGGCCUCCCGCCCGCCUGGCAUCUGGCAUCUGUGUUUUCUGGGCAGCAGUGAGACACCAGCCCGGGCAAGCCGGAGGCGGCUGGGAUGAGCUGGACAGCAGUCCCAGCUCUCAGGAUUCUUCCCAGGAGAACGAUGACCUGGGCAAGGCCUCGGACUCGGGCAGUCGGUCGGGCAGUGACAGCCCCUCGGGGGCCAGCCGGGCACCUAGUGACCUAGCAGAAAGGGUUGAGGCUGUGACCCUGAGUGACUGCCAGCAGGAGCUGAGCCUGGUCCGGACUGUGACCCAGGGGCAGCACACCUUCCUGAGCCGAGAGGAGGUGCAGCACUUCGUCAAAGAGUGUGGCCUCCUUAACUGUGAGGCUGUGCUGGAGCUGCUCAUCCGCCACCUGGCUGCCACCAGUGAGUGUGUUCAGAUGAGAGCCCUGGGUGCCAUCGCCUCCCUCGGGUGCACUGACCUGCUCUCUCAGGAGCGAGUCCUGCUCCUCGCCCGGCCUCGGCUGCAGGAGCUCAGUGCGGGCAGCCCCGGACCCGUGACCAACAAGGCCACCAAGAUCCUGAGACACUUUGAAGCCUCCUGCCGACAGUGGCCCCCUGCCCGGAGGCCCCCAGCCGAGCCUAGCCCUGCAGCCGCCCGUGUGGGCCCAUCAGACCUGCUGACCGACACCCUGCCUUUCACCGGGGGCCAGGCCUUCCUACAGCCUCUGAGUUCAGCUUUGUUUUCGCCCAAGGGCAGCAUGCCCCCAUCAGGGCUGCAGCCCAGCCCUGUGCCCCCAACGUCCCCAGAGAGCUGCCCCCUUCCAGUCCCUGGGGCUGCCAGGGAGGCUGAGACCAGGCUGGCAGGUUCCAGAGACCAGGGGGCUGCAUCUGAGCAGGGCCUGCUCUGCAUGGACACCCCAAAGGGAGGGCCAGAGAUCAGCCUGGGCCCCGGCCACAGCUGCAGCUCCUUAUUUGCUGGCAUGGAACUGGUGGCCUGUCCCCGCCUGGUGGGGGCUGGGACUGCUGCAGAGGAUCCCCUCUCAGCCCACCAGGCUCCCUGGACGUUGUCACAGAGUCUGGCAGCAAAAGAGCCUUCCAGCUCUGAGCCGUCAGCUUUUGCAUUCUUAAACUCAUGAUCUUGUCCGCCUGGGCCACAUGCAGUCUGUGUGCUCCCUGGCCUGUGACUCCCAGGACCCUGUGACUUUGUGCUGUCCCCUAUGCCCACAGCCCCCGAUUCCCCUCUCUGUGGUCAGCCUUGCCCUCCCCUGGCCUCUUCCCCUCACCCACUGAGGCCUUGGUGUGAGCAGCUACCCAGCCAGGCGAGCUUAGAGUGGAUGGCUCACCCAGGGAUGAGAAUGGCCGCCAGUAAAGCCCAGGUGAUAUUUUAGUCCAUGCACCAGCCAGAGCCAGACCACCACUGCGGUAACAAGGUGCCCAUGGGAGCUGCUCCUCAACUUUGCCCCUAAGGUGGGUUUCCUGUUUUUCUGCUGGGAGGCAGGACCCCCCUCUUACAGCCUGCCCUCUGGGUUUGAUGGCCCAGGAGCAGCGUCCCCGAGCACUCUGCAGGACUUGCAGGGAGGGCAGGACAGGCCCAGAAAGAGGAGCCGAGCACAAGCUAAGCCUGGCAGCCGGUGGGCCCUGGGGUGCCGGAUCUCCUGCCUCAUGGCCAUCUGCUCUGGCGGGUUGAGCACACCGUCCACUUUUCCCAUCUGCCAGAGGGAUGAAGGGAGGGCAGUGGGGCAGACAGCAUGAUGUGGCCUGCUCAGAGGGCACUGGAGGGGAGCUUAUGGGAGAGGCCUGGUGACGGAGCUUGGAGACCCCACACCCAUUGAAAUUGGCCCAAGUCCCCGGGAUCCUUGUGGGCACACAGAGAAGGGUACCAGGGGAAGACGGAGAGGACCCAUCUGCAGGCUGAGCCCAGGCCCAGUCUCCAGCCAAGCUUCUGCUGUUUCCCGGCGACAAUCCUGAGAGGAGGAUCCCAGGGCCACCUCACUCAUUCCUCCACCCCCACCCUGCUGUCUCCUUGGCCAGAGACUGGCCAUUUGGACUUGAAUUCCCGUAGCAGCAGGCAGGCAGGCACGGAGCCUUGCGAGCACUGACCUUGGGGUCCCCUGGGGAAACCCCUGCCUUCCUGGCCCUCAGAAACAAGGAUUUUUUGGGUCAGUUUGGAACCACUGCUUGGGUCUUUGUUUUUGAGCUCAGAUCCCUCCCUUUGAGGGAGGGGGGUGUUGUAAGCAGCCUCCCACCUUCUCGUCCAUCAGGAUUAGGGUCUGGGUAGGGUUAGGGCAGCAUCAGGUCCCUGUGUGACCCGUGUCAUCUCCCCACUCCCGUGACCUCUGCCUGCAGACUGUACAACCACCUCAGAGCUAGGGCUGUGGUCGCUCUGGGGAGAACUGGGGAUGGCCUGGGGUCAUACCUCCCACAUAAACACUGCUGUUCACAGGAA